AUGCAAGACAUCGCCUUCCUGUCUGGUGGCCGGGGAAAGGACAAUGCUUGGAUCAUUACAUUUCCAGAAAACUGUAAUUUUAGAUGUAUACCAGAGGAAGUAAUAGCAAAAGUCCUCACUUAUCUGACAUCUAUUGCAAGGCAAAAUGGGUCUGAUUCCCGGUUUACCAUUAUUUUGGAUCGAAGAUUGGAUACAUGGUCCUCUCUUAAGAUAUCUCUCCAAAAAAUCUCUGCUUCUUUCCCUGGGAACUUGCACUUAGUUUUGGUUUUACGUCCUACCAGUUUUCUUCAACGAACUUUCACAGACAUUGGAUUUCGAUUUAGUCAGGAGGAUUUCAUGCUCAAAUUACCAGUUGUUAUGCUGAGCUCAGUUAGUGAUUUGCUGGCAUACAUUGAUGACAAGCAGUUAACCCCUGAGUUAGGCGGCACCUUGCAGUACUGCCACAGUGAAUGGAUCAUCUUCAGAAAUGCUAUAGAAAAUUUUGCCCUCACAGUGAAAGAAAUGGCUCAGAUGUUACAGUCCUUUGGAACUGAACUCGCUGAGACAGAACUACCAGAUGAUAUUCCUUCAAUAGAAGAAAUCCUGGCAAUUCGUGCCGAAAGGUAUCAUUUAUUGAAGAAUGAUAUUACAGCUGUAACCAAAGAAGGAAAAAUUCUUCUAACAAAUCUGGAAGUGCCUGACACUGGAGAAGCUGUCAGUUCGAGUAUUGAACGUCAUCAGCAAAUAAAUGGUGACUGGCAAACUAUUAAUAAAUUGCUGGCUCAAGUGCAUGACAUGGAAACAGCUUUUGAUGGAUUUUGGGAAAAACACCAAUUAAAAAUGGAGCAGUAUCUGCAACUGUGGAAGUUUGAGCAAGAUUUUCAAGAGCUUGUCACUGAAGUUGAACUUCUAUUAAAUCAGCAAGCUGAGCUGGAUGAUGUAACAGGGAAUAUAGCUCAAGUAAAACAAAAAAUUAAAAAAUUGGAAAACUUAGAUGAAAAGUCUCAGGAUCUAUUAACAAAAGCCCGAUUUGUGAUAUUACAUGGACACAGGCUUGCAGCAAAUCACCAUUAUGCACUUGAUUUAAUCUGCCAGAGAUGCAAUGAGCUACGUUACCUUUCUGAUAUUUUGGUUAAUGAGAUCAAGGCAAAACGGAUUCAGCUUAGCAGGACCUUCAAAAUGCAUAAACUCCUACAGCAGGCUCGUCAGUGCUGUGAUGAAGGGGAAUGUCUUUUAGCUAAUCAGGAAAUGGAUAAGUUUCAGUCUAAAGAAGAUGCCCAGAAAGCCCUUCAAGACAUUGAAAAUUUUCUUGAAAUGGCUCUACCUUUUAUCAAUUAUGAUGCUGAAACCCUGCAGUAUGAAUUUGAUGUAAUGUUAUCUCCUGAACUCAAGGUUCAAAUGCAGACUGUCCAACUCAAGCUUGAAAAUAUUAGAACUAUAUUUGAGAAUCAGCAGGCUGGUUUCAGGAACCUGAGAGAUAAGCAUGUGAGGCCAAUCCAAUUUGUGGUACCUGCCUCUGAAAAUUUGAUCAGAGCUAGAGCACCAUUUUUUCCAACUAAACAUGUGGGAAUUGGAUACUCUUUCUUUCAAGCAUGUAAGCUUUUUUCAAAAGGGAAGAAGACUUGGAGACAAAAUCAGAGCAACUUAAAGAUUGAAGUAGUCCAUGAUUGUCAGGAGAAGAGAAGUUCUGCUCAACCCUCCAGUUUGGACAAUGACAAUAGCUUGGAUGUUUUAAAGAACCACGUCCUAAAUGAGCUGAUACAGACUGAGAGAGUGUAUGUUCGAGAGCUGUUUACUGUGCUGUUGGGCUAUCGAGCGGAGAUGGAUAAUCCAGAGAUGUUUGAUCUUAUGCCACCUGUCCUGAGAAAUAAAAAAGAUGUUCUCUUUGGAAAUAUGGCAGAAAUAUAUGAAUUCCAUAACAACAUUUUCAUGAGCAGCCUGGAAAAUUGCUCUGAUGCUCCAGAAAGAGUGGGACCUUGCUUCCUGGAAAGGAAGGAUGAUUUUCAGAUAUAUGCAAAAUACUGUCAGAAUAAGCCCAGAUCAGAGAUAAUUUGGAAGAAGUAUUCAGAAUGUGCCUUUUUCCAGGAAUGUCAGAGAAAAUUAAAACACAGACUUGGUCUGGAUUCCUAUUUGCUCAAGCCAGUACAGCGAAUCACUAAAUAUCAGUUACUCUUAAAGGAGCUAUUAAAAUAUAGCAAGGACUGUGAAGGAUCUACUCAAUUAAAGGAGGCCCUUGACACAAUGCUGGAUUUACUGAAGUCAGUUAAUGACUCCAUGCAUCAGAUUGCAAUAAAUGGCUACAUUGGAAACUUAAAUGAGCUUGGCAAGAUGAUAAUGCAUGGUGGAUUCAGUGUCUGGAUAGGGCACAAGAAAGGUGCUACAAAAAUGAAGGAUUUUGCUAGAUUCAAACCAAUGCAGCGACACCUCUUCUUGUAUGAGAAAGCUGUUGUUUUCUGCAAAAGGCGCACUGAAUCUGGAGAAGGCUCUGAUAGAUACCCAUCAUAUAGUUUUAAGCAUUGUUUGAAAAUGGAUGAAGUUGGAAUCACAGAAUAUGUAAAAGGUGACAACCGCAAGUUUGAAAUCUGGUAUGGUGGGAAGGAAGAAGUUUAUAUUAUACAGGCUCCGAAUGUAGAUGUGAAGAUGUCAUGGUUAAAAGAAAUAAGAAAUAUUUUGUUGAAGCAACAGGAACUUAUGACAGUUAAAAAACGGAAGCAACAAGAACCGAUUACAGAGGAACGGCUUUCUCCUCAGCAGAGUGAUGAAAAGCAACAGGGAGCUUUUCUAAGUAUCCAGGAAACUGAAUCGGAACAACCCAGUGCUAUGGUGGCGGUCAGUGAGGCAGUUGUGUCAGUUCAGGCAGAAGCAAAUGCAGUUUGGACUGAGAUGUCACAAUCUGCAGGAAUCUCUGAAGAGCCUGAGGAAUGGUCAAGCAACUAUUUCUACUCUACUUAUGAUGACCAUGAAGAAGAAGAUAGGCCCCUAAUGAGACCCGUGUCAGAGAUGGCUCUCCUAUUUUGA